AUGGAUAUAAACUUAGAUACAUUGAAUCUUGAAGAGUUGGUUUCACUUUAUAAAAAUAAACAACUCAAAAAUCAAAUAUCAAAUGAAUGGAAUAAUAUAAUUGUAAAUCAACUGAGAGUUGUAUUAAUAUAUUGUUUAACUAAAAAUAAAUGUAAAGAUAUACCUAAAGAAUUUUUACGAUUAGAUCAUAUUGGCAUAAAGAAUGUUUUUAUUCCACCUAUUGUUAAAGGAAUGAAUGGAGUAAAAUUUUUAAAAUUUAUUCAAUCAUGGUAUAAUUUUAAUGCAACAAAUAGAUUACACAUACAUGAAAUUCUUAAAAUUAUUUGUCUUGACAAUAUAAUAUUACAACAACUUUAUUCUUUUACAAAAAAAUCUUUAGAAGAAUUACGAAAUAAUAGGGAUGGUAAAAAUUUGGAUGAAUUUCAAAAAUUUCUUAUUAUGCUUAAUUUAGAAGUUAUGAAAAUAAAUGAAGAAAAAAAUAAAGGUAUAAAAUAG